AUGGAUUACAUUCAAUCUUUGGAAAAAGUUGACAAGUUGGAAGAAGAUUUUUUGUUAAGUGACGAUCUUCCUUCCGGAAAUUUGACCAAUUACAAAAACAUAAAUUACUAUGGCAUUAUUAAAAUUGGAACUCCGCAGCAAGAAUUUAAAGUUGUAUUUGAUACUGGUUCCCCAUUUCUUUGGAUAUUCUCCAAAAAUUGCACAAUUCCUGUUUGUUCAGGACAUAAUCUAUAUGAUAGUGCAAGAUCCGAGACAUACGAUAAUACAGUAAAAAGAUUUUCACGUUUUCAAUAUGGCUCUUGCGGUGUAGAAGGAUACUUAGCUGCCGAUAAAGUGAAUGUUGCCAAUCUCAAUGUUCAGAAUCAAAUAUUUAUGGAAGUAACUAAUAUGUUAAGAAUAUAUCCUAAUUUUUCUAGACCAUACGAUGGUAUCUUGGGGUUGGAUGUUAUUCCAACAUAUCUGCCAGUCGAAUAA